GACGAAGCACACACACAAGGUUUUACGCUGAAAUACGCAGUGUAAACAGUAGAACGUUUGAAUUAAUUAUUAUUUAAAAACAGGGUUCCUGUCGAAACCUGGUCUGUUUUGCGUCUGAAAAUGGGGAAAGCGGAUUUUCUAAGUCCGAAGGCAAUUAGUAAUCGGAUUAAAGCGAAAGGCCUGCAGAAGUUGCGGUGGUACUGUCAGAUGUGUCAGAAACAGUGUCGAGAUGAGAACGGGUUUAAGUGCCACUGCAUGUCUGAGUCUCACCAGCGGGCGUUGCUGCUGGCCUCUGAGAAUCCCAACCAGUUUAUGGACUUCUUUUCAGAGGAGUUCAAGCAUGACUUUUUGGAGCUGCUAAGACGACGUUUUGGAACAAAACGAGUUCACAAUAAUAUCAUCUAUAAUGAGUACAUCAGUAAUCGGGAGCACGUUCACAUGAACUCCACUCAGUGGGAGACGCUUACCGAUUUCACCAAGUGGCUGGGGAGAGAAGGUUUGUGUAAAGUGGACGAGACGCCCAAAGGAUGGUACAUUCAGUACAUUGAUCGUGACCCAGAAACAAUCCGCAGGCAGGAAGAGCUGGAGAGGAAGAAGAAGCAGGAUCUGGACGAUGAAGAGCGCAGCGCAAAGUUUAUUGAAGAACAAGUGAGACGAGGCCGAGAGGGCAAGGAGCCGGAGGAGGAGCCCGUGUUUACUGAACUGAAGAGAGAGAAUGAAGAAGAGAAAGUUGCCUUCAACUUGGCUGGUAGCGCCUCCUCCUCCUCCUCCUCUUUAGGCCCAGCGAAAGCAAGCAUAUCUCUGGGUUCAAAUGCGCUUAAAGUGGUAGCCUCUACUAAAAGAAAAGAUGUGUCUCACAGUGCCGACUCCAAGGAGAAGAGAAAGAAAUCGGCACUCGAUGAGAUCAUGGAGAUGGAGGAGAAGAAGAAAUCGGUGAGGUCAGACAAUUGGAUUCGUCCAAACAUAGUGGUCAAGGUCAUCACCAAGAGGCUGGGAGACAAGUAUUACAAGAAGAAAGCAGUCAUUCGGGAGGUGCAGGACAAAUACACAGCUAUAGUAAAGCUGAUCGACUCAGGGGACAAACUCAAACUGGACCAAAGCCACCUGGAGACAGUGAUCCCAGCACCGGGUAAGCGAGUUAUAAUUGUGAAUGGACCGUAUCGGGACAUGGAGGCCAUCUUGGAAGGAAUAGAUGAAAAGAAGUUCUCUGCUCAACUCACAAUAGACUUGGGUGCCAUGAAAGGGAAGAGAGUAGAAGGGAUUCCCUAUGAAGACUUCUCCAAGCAGGCGUGAUGGGGAUUUUUCUUCCCCCAACUCUCCAGCACAGUCACUUUCCCUGCAUCCUCUACUGUGUCAGAGUCUUUAUCAGGGACACAUACACACAUUCCUGCAGCUCUCUUUUACUAUAUACUGAGACCAUUCAAAAAAAAAAAACCAACCUGAAACAGCAAGUUUUACUUUUCUUUGAUUUUAAUUGGUAAUAUCAGGAUUGUCUGUAGAGUACUUGACUGUCAGGACAGAAUGGAUUCGCAAUGAGAUUUAAAACGGAGGAAGCCUGGCUUGCAUGAACAAUGUACAGUGAAUAAUGUUAAUUUGUGUUUCUCAUUGAAUUUGAUGUACGAGUAUGUAAAACACCACCUAUCGUUGCUGCCAGUUUUUCCUGUGUGUUUCUUCUAUACAUUUCUCUUGUGUAAGGCAAUUUUAAAAUACAAUUUUUCUUACACAAUUUCUCCUCCUCUUGUUUAAUGCAUCUGAUUCCUACCGAGCCUGUUUUACUCCUUUUGUGCUAGCGUACACACUCAGACAGGGGGGAGGAAGCUGUCCAGGGUGGGGACAAUAUAGCUGGUGUAAUGGCCAUCGAUGAAGCCUUUCCCGCUGUUAUGGACGAACCAGCAAUACACAUCUGAACCUUGCUUGUUAUCCCAGCGGUAGUCCUUUUGCUUGCCCCUGUUUAACACACACACAUACACACGAGAGGUGUGUUAUAGAAGAGCAUAGUAUCAGUGGAGACAUCUUGCAUAAUAAUCUAGAAUCGGAGAAUAAUGUGUGUAAAACAUAUACUGACCAGGGCUUUGAACCGGUUCAAGGAAUGAAAACGAAAACCGGGAACUUUUUCUAUUUCACAUGGAACAGAAACGAAACCAGAAACUUUAUUAUUUUUUAUGUUCCGGAACAGAAACGCUUAUUAAAAAUAAUGGUAACCGGUUAAUACCGGUUUUUAUUUCGUUCCUCAAAGUUUCCGUAGCCUAC